AUGGCUCGACUCCCUGACUUAGUCGAAGACUCGAAGCUCGGGGCAAAUAUUCUCCCUCAUUUCAAUGUGACGAUCCAUACAUAUCGUGAAUCCGAUCCAGAUUCACGCCGUCGUCUGGUAUCCAGGUCAGAGCAUUGGCAACGACAGAAAAAAAUUGGCGCUGGAAGCUAUGCCAGUGUGUGGUUAGAGAAGUGUGUCGAGGGUGGACGCCACGGUGCUAGCACUUUGCGAGCCGUGAAACAGAUUGAUCUCAGUAGGAGUGGGCAAAAGCCAGGUUUUUAUCAUCGUGAGCUUGAAGCAAUCGCGAAGUUCUCACAUUCCAGGCGAUGCUUUGUGAAAUCCUUCGGGUGGUAUGAAAGCCUAGACAACCUGUAUAUUGCCAUGGAAUAUCUCGAGAUUGGCGAUUUAUACGACUAUAUGAAUCGGCGUUCGCCAUUAUCGGAAACUGAAGCCCGACAGAUCACCUAUCAGAUUCUCGAGGGUCUAGGGAUGAUGCAUGAAAAUGCCUUCACUCAUCGUGAUCUGAAACCCAAUAACAUUCUCAUUAAAUCGCAUCCGCCAAAUGAGUGGUGGGUCAAAAUCGCUGAUUUCGGCAUCAGUAAAAGGAUUGGUGAAGAUCUUGGAACCGCAUCGUCAACACUCCGAGGCACGCCAGGGUAUAUGGCGCCCGAGCUAUAUGGCUUCAUAGAACGUGGCAGCCCAUAUGCGGUCGAUAUAUGGAGUCUGGGUGAAAUCACCUUCGAUAUUCUCACGAAAACCGCAACUUUUGAGUCACUGGGUCAAUUGUUUAGUUAUGUCGAUAACAGCACCUCAUUCCCGACACACUUACUGAAGAAAUCAUCAGUCAGUCAAGAUGGCAUUGACUUCAUUUUGGCUCUCAUGCAACCUGAUCCUUCCUCGCGGCCCACGGCCCAUGAGGCGAUUUCACUUCGUUGGAUCAAAAAUUUGCUCCAUCCUCAAGAUUGUUCGGAAAUGACUCAAAAUAUGGAAGGAGACGAGAUAAUAUCCUUAUCCUCGGCUAAUAUGUCAAUUCAAGGCCGUGGAAUUCAAGAUUCGAUCUCAAAUUUUCUAUGGAUGAACAAGGCAGCAAAGCAGGAUAUCCCCCCUGCACUUUCGGCGUUCUACGAUCUAGUUUGUGUAAAACAAGAUUCUCGAUUUGGAGAUGCUGUCAUCAUCGGCUCACUAGGAAGCAAGAUUGAUCUAUACCAAACUCUGCAGGACAACUAUCGCCAGGUGAAUUCAGCCGCAUUUUCCCCGGACCGUCGAUAUGUGGCAACUGCAUCCGAUGAUAGUACUGUUAUAAUCUGGGAUAUAUCAAGAGGCGUUGAAAUAAGAUCCGUACGAGAACAUACGGAUCCUGUUAAUAAUGUAAUCUUCAACCCAAAGACGGGGCUACUGGUGUGUGCUACCGUUUCUGGUGUGGAGCUCUGGGGUCCUCCCUCAGGAUUGAAGUUGAGCGUGCUCCAACCCCCUCUUCUACACGUACAGAACAUCAUCAUUUCCCCAGAUGGUAGAUACAUCGCAUUCUCCACGAACAAGGCCACAGUUGGGAUUCGAGGCCUUGACACAGACACAAAUAUCACGCUUCCAAUCAAAUGCAGGACGAUGAUGUUUACCCCCGAUAACGAAGGACUCAUGAUUGCCGCCGACGAAAUUUUCUUUUGGGAACUGAAGAGUGGAAAUGUGUUCGAGGUCACGACCACUCGUGGCUGGCAUCACAAGUUACUUUCAUUCUCACCUAAUGCCAGACUUCUCGCCUCAGUGUCCUCCUUUGGUUCUUCAACUGAAGGUGAAUACAUCGCUCUUUGGGACACUACAACAGGUGAACAAUUGUUUCGAAUACGCAAUCUUUGUCCGGAUCGAGUCAACUCCAUGAUUUUCUCACCCAACGGGAAACUGUUGGUGACUGGAGAAAUUGGAGGAAUCCAUUUCUGGGAUAUUGCAACCGGAGAGGAAUUGCACAGGAUUGAGGAUGACCCCCUCUGUGAGAUCAAGAAUCUUUCAUUUUCUGUGGAUGGAACGAUGCUACUGUCUUGUAUUCGAGCUGGACCGGCAUCAACCCCUGGUCCGGCACAUGUUCGCUAUGAGACGGUGAAAAUCUGGAAAGGUAUCAUGGUUGAUUCUGAAUCUGCCUGA